UGCGCACUUAGUACAACUUGAAAGAGGGACUUCCUGGCCGAUUUUCGCGGGGAUUCCACCGAAAUUUGGGUCUGAAUCAGACUUUAUAUCGCAGUUUCGCUCGCGGUGGUGUGCGCUCAGGCUCCCGGAUUUCUCUACACAUUGUGACGCCCGAUUUUGCCAUUGGCAUGACAUGACCUUCUCACAAUAACAGUGGGACAACAUGCCAACCUCAACACAAUCUUCUACCAACUACGGAAUCCUGGAGAUCUGGAACCACAACAUCGAUGAUGCCUUCAAGAGGAUACGACAGAUCGUGCACAAGUAUCCAUACAUAGCCAUGGAUACCGAGUUUCCUGGUGUGGUGGCGCGGCCCAUCGGUGAGUUCCGCAGCACGGCGGAUUACCAGUACCAGCUGCUCAGGUGUAACGUGGACCUCCUGAAGAUUAUACAGUUGGGCAUGACCUUCAUGAACGAGAAGGGAGAGUACGCGCCCAACAUCUUCACCUACCAGUUCAACUUCAAGUUCAACCUCACGGAGGACAUGUAUGCGCAGGAUUCCAUAGACCUGCUGCAGAACUCCGGGAUCCAGUUUAAGAAGCACGAGGAGGAAGGCAUUGACGUCACGUACUUCGCAGAACUCCUCAUGACGUCAGGUGUGGUUCUGUGUGACAACGUCAAAUGGCUGUGCUUUCACAGCGGUUAUGAUUUCGGGUACCUCCUGAAGGUGUUGACGUCCUCUAACCUCCCCGCGGAAGAGCUGGAGUUCUUCGAGCUGCUGAGACUUUACUUCCCCGCCAUCUACGACGUCAAGUACCUGAUGAAGAGCUGUAAGAACCUGAAGGGCGGGCUGCAGGAGGUGGCUGAUCAGCUGGAGCUGGAGAGAAUUGGGCCACAACAUCAGGCAGGCAGUGACAGUCUACUGACGGGGCUGGCCUUCUUCAAAAUGAAAGAGAUGUUCUUUGAAGACAGCAUAGACGACGCCAAGUACUGUGGUCACCUGUACGGCCUGGGCAACUCGUACGUCCAGAACGGCAACUACAACAACAACAGCGAAGACACCAUUUCACACACUCCCCAGCAGUCGUAGCACCAGUCUGUCCUUCCUUCCACCUCUCUCUCUUUUCUACCAAAAGUACUACUAUGUAGUUCUCGAGGCUGGGCAAAAUACAGCUUGUUUUAUCCACCCCCCUUAAAUUAGCAGUAUUAUAUUAUAAAGAUGUUUUAACGAAACAAGUUAUUGAGCUUGAAGCGUGUGGGUGAAUCUCACCACAGCUGUUUUCUAUGAAUAUGUUAAUUUUACACAUAUGCUUUAAAAGUUUAAACAUAAAUUGUCAAAGGUUUUGACAUUUGUUCAACCAAUAAGCUUAACUAGAACUUUUGAUACAUUUCCGAUUUUUUCUAAAAUGCAAAGUAACAAAUAUUACCAAAUUCCCUGCUAAGAUCAUAUACUAGUACAGUUAUGUAUCAGUUAGCAGACAGAAGUUUCGCAUCUCAGCAGCCAGAAGGUUAUGGAAAAUUUCAUAAGGAGAGAGGAAAAAUAGUUGCAUCUUGCUGCCCGCUUUCAGUGCAAUUUGGUACAAUGACAGAGCUUUUUUUACGACAUUGGUGCUAUCAGGAGCGCUUGUUUAGCACGUUAGUUGCGGACCGGACAAGCUGUAUGGUGCCCAGUCUUGGCAGCCUCCCUAGGGGACCACCUAUAUACAGUCAGAAGUACUCAUGUAAUAUUGGAUUUAAUCAGGCUACUACAGCGGGUAUGGUACAAGUCUGCUGGGAGUUGGAUGCACUGUUGGACGGACUGUCGUGCUUUGAACUUCGUGUGUGGCACUCUGACCAAAUAUGUAGCUUUUUGCAUAGAAUUUGAGAAAAGUUAUCUUGUACUUUGUACUAAAUUCUGUGUAGGAACUGCAAAAUGUUGUCUCACAUGUAGAUGGCAGCACCAAGUCCGUUCAAAACUGCUUCCAACUUUGCUGCAGAGUAAUAGAGCUACUUUCCAGGGCAUACAUACAUAAGGUGUAAGCAAUAUACGGUUUGACGUACGGUACAGUACAUACAUCUAUCAUCUUGCACCUUCCUUACAUCUCAACUAUACAGCCAUGGUCUUAACUAAAGAUCAUUUAUGGCAGCUAAGAAGUUAGUCAAGGACAUAGUAAUACCAGUUUUAGGAAAAAUGGAUUUACAAAAUUGUAUUAGAAUGGUGCGAAUCAAGUCAGCAAAACUAAAUUUCAUCCAGCUUGUUGAAGAAGAAAAAAAAUGGUUUUGGAAGUAUUUUGCAACAACAAUAACGACAAACAUAUUUGUACACUGUAUGUGUGGAAAAAAACUAUGGAUUUUUGUUGGUGUAGUGUAUAAUAUAGUCCUAGACAUUGCAACGAUUUUCCUCAGCAUAAAAAAAACAUUGUAACAAGUAAGCAACAAAAGAAAUCUUUUUCUUCUCUUGAUAGGCAAACUCGAGUAUCUUGGAAGGGAUGUAAGUCUUUGUCGACUUUGUCAACUUUGAAGACUGUAAUAUUGCUCAACAUGAAAGCUAUUUGUUGAUCAAGUUUAGAAUGCUGGUUGAUUUGUUAUGUAAAAACACACCCAUUCCCCGUUUCUUUUGUAUUGGCAUCAUACUGCAUCAUUUGGUUCCACCUGUACAGCUUUGUUCUGAUCAUGUCAUGCACACACAAAAACAGAAAAAAAAACAUAAGAAAAGAUGGUUAUAUAAGAACAUAAAACAUUUAUAUCAACUGUAACAUUUUGAGCAGGAACCUCUGACUUGUAGGUAGGUCUUAUUGGGUCCGGCGAUAGUUUGUUUUUACUGUGAACUGUAUUAUGUACAUCAUGGAUUAUUUUAAAUUUUGUAAAUAGACAAUAUUUCCUUCUGCUUUGUAUGAUACCUUAAGCACUGGCACUUUCACCUGAAAAGAA